AUGGAAGGAAAGAUCCCUGUUCUGGAUUCUUUUACCGUCACAACCCCCUCUUUGUCGGUCGUUAUAAGGGCAGACGACACACCACUGCCCUCCAAUGUACAACAACAGGGGAAUCCAGCAAACCUCGUGACUGUGCACGCAGUGGAGUCACGCGAAGACGAAGAAGAAGAAAAGGCUGCAGCUGCUGUAUUUGCAUCUGAGCAGCAGCAAAUGAUGCAGCAGCGUCAGCAGCAGCAGCAGCGACUGAUGCAUUUAAACAGCUUAUCUACAUUAUCACAAGACGAGUUAAAAGAGUUAAAGGAGUUACAAGAAAGAGAAUUAUAUAUGCAAGCAAUAGACAGGGAAAUACAAGAAGAAGAAACAAACUACAGCAAUAUGCUGAAACGAGCAGAAUCUAAGCAUGCAGAUGAGGUGUAUAGGCAGUUCGGUGCUCCUCCUCCUAUUAAACCCCUUGAAGAAGUUGUUACAGAAACAGAUGCUGAUGGUUUUAUUAAAAGAAUAUCUACGUUCGAGACUAAAGACUUCACCUACUGGGAUCGUCUGCGGCGACAUAACACACAAACUGUUAUAAGACGAUGGAAGUCGUAUAUACCUGCAGGCGAAGAAGAUACGGCUUUCUUUGCUAGAAAUAUUCAGGCGAACGUACCUGGAGAUGCAUACACCCAAGGGAUAUAUUAUAAACAAUUACAAACAUUUAUGAAGCCUAAAGAAUAUAAACUGCCGACAGAUUCUUAUGUAGCACCUCCGGUGUAUGUACGUCGCACAAACAACUAUGAAAAAAGAAUCUACGACCCUAUACUGUCUAUGAACAGACGUCUGCAUGCAUGCACUACUAAUAUUUGCUGCCCCCCUGGCUAUUAA